AUGUGUUUUGUAUAUGGCGGUUCUCGCGUGCCGGCACAGCAGCUUGUGGUAACCUUGGACGGACGCGUGGCCAUUGAUACGCUGCAUGCUGUAGGCCGACGGGGGAGCAGAGAAAGCCAGGGACUGAUACGUGAGAAGAGCACGUCCGGUGCUGGGAGGGCUGAGGCGUUGGGUGGCGCAAGUGGAGGGUCGUUGGGAGCCAAGCAAUGUACUGAAGGCCAGCAAGCACAGUCAACUACGCUAGGCCAGGUCGCAGCAAAGACAGCACUGAGACACGGAGAUGCGGACGAGACACGAGCUGAGCCAAUGGGAGCCGGCAGGCGGUUCUACACCGAGCGCGCAAAAGACACGACAGGCGCGAGGCGGCGCGUCGGUAGGCGGGGGGGAAGGGGGGACACAAGGCAAAGGCACAGUGGCGGAGGAACGGGCUCUACGGGCUCCACGCGAGGAGAGGGUACCUGCGCAAAUCACGGCCGGAUAGCCAUGUGUAGAAGAUGGACACAUUCAAACUCGUCGCGGGCUCAGCCGGGCGGCAGGCUGCGGCUACGGGGGGCUGCUGUGAUGGCCACUGCUCAUCACAUCCCAUCCUGCCCAUCCUCUCUCCCACCCCCCCAGGCGAGCGAGUGGGCGGCCGGGCAGGGUGACGCGCAAAAUGCAGCUGGUGGCUGA